AUGAAAACCAAGAGGAAUGGGGAUGAUACCACCGAUUGUCUCUUCCUUAUUCAGUAUAGAGAUCCGAAUUUCCGUUUUGUGUUUUGUGAAUUUGAUUCAUACAAUAGUACCAUUCGUGAUAAAAUUCCUGUUAAGUAUAAAAAUUUGCUAGGUGUAGGAAGACACUACGGUCAAAGUAAGUCGAAAGCUGGAUCGGGUAUAAAGUUAAAGAAAAGUGCAAAAAUCUUUCAUGCAAUUCUGCACAUUCCCAUAUUUUUAUCACAGCUGAAGAUGCCCCGGAAACUUUGGCUCUAUAAGUGCCUCUUUUGUCAGAGAUAA